AUUAUUUUAACCAUGGGCUAAUUAAUUCCCCCUCUAAUCCCCACCUUGUCCUCCCCACCUAUUUCUACGGGCAGCCGAUAGCCUCCGUUCAGCGAGCUCGCCGUGCCUGCCCGUCCUGCCCGUCUCCCCCAUCUGUCCUUCCCCUUCGUUGUUGGAAAAAAAAAAAAUCUCUCCACUCUCUGCUUCCAGUGAAGCCCGUUGCUGCUCUCUCCUCUCUCUCUCUUUUUAUUCUCUUCCUCUCCUUCAUUCUCGGCCCUCCGAUCGAGAUCGGGUCGGGAUCUGACGGCCGACGAUGACUGGCGCCGGGUUCCUCCGUUCCAGCUGGUUUUAGCGCCGAAAAGCGUCAGAUCCACUCUUUCCCCUCUCGGAUCUCGCUCCUAGGCUCACCGGGAAUCGAAAUCCCGGCCGCCGUCCCACCAAGAGAAAAAAAUGGAAACAGUGAUGCCGGCUCCGGCCCCCCUGGCCCCGCUAUCGUGCGCCGCCGAGUCUUUCGCCGCGGGUCUCCUCACCGCCGCCCUCGCCAAGGCCCAACUCCCUCCCCCGGAUUCACUCUUCAGUAUGCCGGAUUUUAAAGUGGACAGACGGAAAAAUGAAAAAACUGAGCCUGUUGAUGCUGAUGAUGAGGAUGAUGAUGAUGGGGAUGGAGAAGAAGAUGGUGCCUUUGGGGAGGGCGAAGACGAGCUCUCGGAGGAAGAUGGGGAGGGAUAUGAGAACCCCAACGAUAACAGUAGCAAGAAGGCCCCGGGCGGCGAUGCUGGAGGUGAAGAGAAUGGAGAAGAGGAGGAAGAGCCGGAGGAGCAGGAGGAUGGUGAUGACGACGAUGAUGACGACGACGAUGAUGACGAUGACGAUGACGACGAUGAUGGUGGGGAUGAUGAGGAUGAGGGGGUUGAGGGGGAAGAGGAUCAGGACAAUGAGGAUGAGGAAGAUGAUGAGGACGAGGCACUUCAGCCCCCAAAGAAGAGGAAGAAGUGAAAGCCUUUGUUUUUAGUUUACAGUUUUUGUUCUUUUAGAGGAUCCUUUUUCUUUCUUCUGUCCCCCUCCUAUCUCCCAACUUUGGUGUUAUCUUAUUUAUGUUCAUGCAACUUUUAACAUCGGUAAUCUAUGUAGGAGUAUUGUUAAGUAAUGCCUUAGAGAGCUUCGUCAUAUUCUGAGACAUAUUGAACCAAAUUAGCCAGUGAAAUCAUUCGAUGAUGGCUGCUUAAUUCAAGAAUGAUGCUUAAAUUUAGAAGACA